CUCCAUCUCUCCCGCUCUCGCCCACCUAUCCUGCAUCUCCACACCGCCGUCGUCCGCCUGUCACCGUUAUCUGCGCGCUCUCGUGACGCCAGUACGGCUGUUCCACGCCGGUGACCCUACUGCCGCCGCAGCGUGCGGCUGCCGCUGCCCGCACCGAUGGCCGCGCCGCAUCUCCCGCCCAAGCCGGGCGCCUACGCUGCUGCGCCGCGUGAGGCUGAAGAGUACUACGCUCAACAGCCGGCCGCAUCACAUCCGCAGCAGCAGCAAUACGCGCAGCACGGCUACGCGCAGUGCUCUCAGCCGCCGCCCGGGCGUGCGUAUGAGCAGCGACCACUGCCGCAGGCGUACCAGCAGCAGCAGGGCGCGCCUUACGAGCCGCGCGCCUCGCUCGAGCAUCCCGAUGCCCGGGCGCCACGACUGCCGUCGCAGUGCUACUCGCCCGGCCUCGGCGGCCUCGACUCGCUGACGAGCGACCUGCAGACGCACAUGUCGUUCUCGUCUGCCGGACCUGCAGCCGAUGCCGCUGCACCGGCAGAGUCGGGCGACUGGCAGGGCAGUGCCGAGCGGCAGGCCUCCUACCACGCCCUGUCCUCGCGCCCGCCCCUGCCGCCGCAUCCCUCGUCCCUCUCCACUAGCCAGCAGCCAUCGACAGACGCAGAGUACGAUGCGUGGCACGAUGCCUCGCGGCCCUUAAGCUCGGCCAGCGCCAUCAUCAACCUCUACGCGUCCGAGAGCCCCGUCGUGGGCAGCGCCUCGGGCGCGCCGUGGAACCAGCAGCCGGGCUACGAGCAGCACGACGUGCAGAGCUCCAAUCGCGCUGCCCGACCACUGCCGCCGCCGCCUGCGCCGCCGGGCUUCUACCACCGCGAGCCAGCCGAUGCCGCCCCUGCGCCGCCUCGAGCGCCAUCAUUACCGCGCACGCCGCAGCAGAGCGGCAACGCCUGGCCGACGAGUCCACGCACGCCCGCAGACUCCGUCGGCGGCCAUCUGCACACCGUCUCGUCCGACUCGAGUGGCAUCGGCGCCACGCCGCCCUCCUGGUCGCCCGAGGUCUCCUCAUUCCGCAUCAGGGGCCGCGAUGGCCCUGCGUCUGGCGGCACGCCGCUCAGUUCCACAGCUGAGUACAACCGCGAGGACCUGUACGGCGGCAUGGAGACGAGCCAGUCGGCGGGCAGCAUUGGCUCGAUGGGGCGCGCCCAGGUCAGCGCCAGCGCUGCUGCUGCCGGCUGGUCAGCAACGCAUCAGAAUGGCUUCAGCCAGGAGGCCAGCUCGUCGUGGGAGCUGUCGGCGCCUGAGCAGCGCGGCGAGCUCAGUCCGAUGCAGCAAGGUCGUGCCACUAGCCCGCACGCCGCGAGCAACGGCAGCUCGGUGCUGGCCAAUCGCAGACUGCCGCCGACGCCGGCGUCUCCUGCGCCGGCGCGCGGGCCCGUCGAAGCGGCCGCACUGCAGCUGCAAGCGCGCGCCACAUCGCCACCGCUGGCGGCGCUGACGACGAGCAGCUCGCGAUCUGAGCCGCAGUGGAACCUAAGCUACGACGCUCCUUCUGCUGCCUCGCCUGGCCGCUUCGUCUCGUCGCCCGCGCCGCAGUCGCCCAGCGCAUACUAUGCCCAUCGUGGGUCGAGCUCGCAGCAGGGCAGCGAGACGACGGGCUCGAGCGCCUCGCGCGCCAACAGCUCGACUCGCCCCUCACUGCUGGCACCGUUGCAUACGCCUUCAACAGCAGGCACGAGCGGGCCCAGCAGUGUCGGCAUGUCGUCGAACACGCGCGUGGCGCGGGCAGGCUCGUACAGCUCCUUCGCCAUGGGUCCCAUGACGCCGCUGCUCGUCCAGACGACCGACGGCUCGCAGCCCGACUUUGCGCUGCUCAGCACGAUCGCCGUGCUGCUGCGCGACGCCGUGCCGCGCGGCAAGCAGAUCAAGGGAAGCGUCUCAUAUCCGUUCAGCUUCACGGGCCGCGACGUCGUCUCGACGAUCCAGGCGCUGAUCCCGCGCGAGCACGCCGCAUGGGCUGCCGGCCUGGCGCUGGGACAGCUCGAUGCGGCGCGAGAGCGCAGAGUCGCGCUACUCGUAGCGAAGACGCUCAAGAGCCAGCUCUUCUUCCACGAGGUCGACUGGGGCCAGAACGACCUGCGCGAUGGCGUCGAGGAGGUUUACAUGUUCCUCGAGGAUUCGCUGGCCGGCUCCGGCACACCUGCGGCGCGGCAAGACUCCGACAAUGCCUUUGAGCGCGAGCUGGCGCUGGCGCAUGAGACGGGACAGAAGCCGGCUUCGCGCGCGGGGCAGCAACCGCGGGCAGACGGUAUGGACGAGCUGCCGACGGGCGUCUUCACGCCCCUCACUGCCUGCUACUCGCCGCUGUGCGGGAAGCCCGAUGCGCCGCGCGGCUCCGAGUGCUACUCGCUCUCGUGUCCGCGCGCACGCUCCUCGGCCAUCGGCCAGCGCCUUACGUCGCAACCACUGGCCGACGCUGUGGCGCUCCCUCCUGCUGGCGAGCUCUCGCGAUGGGGCCAGCCGAUGCAAGCGGCGCACUCUGGCGCCGCCGGCAAGUCGCACAUGGCUGCCGCAUGGGCCGACCUUGUGCCACCAGACCUGCUGAAGAGCAUCCCCAAGAAGGAGAUCAAGCGGCAGAACGCGAUUCUCGAGACGAUUCAGAAGGAGGAGGAGUUCCUCAGCGACCUCGAGCUGCUGGAGACGCUCUUCCUGCACCGCCUCGAGAAGCCAAGCGAUGCAGGCGACCCGCCUCCGAUUCCCAUCGGUCCAGAGCGCGACAUCUUCGUCGGCGAGGUCUUCUCGAACCACCGCGAGCUUGUGGGGCACAUCCGACGCCUCGUCGAGCGCCUGCACGUGCGGCAGCGCGAGCAGAGCCCCAUCGUGCAGCACAUUGGCGACAUCUUCCUCGACGCGGCGCUGGAGUGGGGCGGCGCCUUCGACGCCAACAUGACGAACUUUCCGCUGGCAAAGAACCGCAUCCAGCGCGAGGCGAGCGUGAAUCCGCGCUUCGUCGCCUUCCUUGAGUCGUGCCGGCGAGACCCGGCGUGUCACAGGCUGCCCAUGGACCACUUCUUGCAGCGCGCCACGACGCGACUGCCGCGAUACAAGCUGCAUUUCAAGAGCAUCCUCGAGGACACGGACGCCAGCAACUCGGACCAGCAGAGCCUCGUGCGCGCCAUGGAGAUCGUCGACGAGCAGUGCCGCGCCAUCCAGAAGGGCGUCGCCGAGGCCGAGGUGCGAGUCAAGAUCCGCGAGUACGCGUACAACUUGGCGACGAAGCGCAACAAGAGCGUCGUGGAUAUGGACCUGCUGAAUCCGGAACGACAGCUCGUGCACCAGGGCCGUGUCUACCGCAAGCCGGCGUUCCAGGAGCUAGAGUGGGCCGACCUGCUCGCCGUGCUCUUCGACAACUUCCUCGUCGUCACGCGAACGAAGAAGCGCGACGAAGAUGGCGGCGGCGGCGAGUCGUCGGCGGGCAGCUCGAAGUUCCUGCUGGUCAAGCGGCCGAUCCCUGUCGAGAUGAUGGAGCUGUCGGGCUGGAACGAGCCGAGCGUCUCGCGCUCGCUGGGUCUGAGCAACUUCCACCUGCGCAACACGAGCGAGCGCGAGUCGCGCGACCUCUGGCCGUUCACAGUGCACCACAUCGGCGGCAAGACAGAGCCCCUGACGCUCUUCUGUCCCUCCAAGGCGGCGCGCGACGACUGGCGCCGCAAGCUGGAAGAGGCGCAGGGCCUGCGCGCGGCUGUCCAGGAGGCGAACAAGGUCUUCGACUCGCACACGGUCAGCGACGAUGUGUUUGCACUGCCGUCGAUCUCGAGCAUCGAUCCCGAGCGCCCGCCGCCAGGGCUCGACAAUGGCUCAUUCCACGGGCGGGUCACCUGCGCCGUGCCCUUUGUCACGGCCGACGGGCGGCGCCUCGUGGCGAUUGGCUGCGCCGACGGCGUGUGGAUCGGCCUGCGGCACGACCCGCGCUCGCUGCGCAAGGUGCUGCAUCUCAAGCUCGUGACGCAGUGCGCCGUGCUCGAGUCGUUUGGCAUCUUCGUCGUGCUGGCCGACAAGGUGCUCAUCUCGUACAGCCUCGAGGCGCUGGUGCCGAGCGCCGGCGCCACAAGCACGCCACGGCCGCCGCAGAAGCUCAGCGGCAACCGCGACGUCGUCUUCUUCAGCGUGGGCCAGCUCAAGGGGCGCACGCUGCUCGUGUACAUGAAGAAGAAGGCCAACGAGUCCGUCUUCCGCGCGCUCGAGCCCGUCAUCAAUGCGCCGCACGCCGAGCAGCAGAAGGGCGGCGGCGGCCUGCUGGGCCGCUUUGCGCGCGACAACAAGAGCAGCGACUGGUUCCGCAUCUACAAGACGUUCUUCAUCCCCUCGGAGGCCUACUCGAUGCAGUUCCUGCGCUCCAAGCUCUGCAUCGUCUGCGCGCGCGGUUUCGAGAUCAUGAACCUCGACUCGCUGCUGCCCGGCACGAUCCCAGACUUCUCGCAGUGCGCGCGCGACGACCCACGGGUGCAGAUGCUCGCCGGCCGCGUCGAGCGCUCCAAGCCGCUGGGCAUGUUCAAGAACUCCGAGUCCGAGUUUCUGCUCUGUUACGACGCGUUUGCAUGCUAUGUCGACCGUCUCGGCGAGCCGGUGCGCCUCGACAACAUCAUCGAGUGGGAGGGCACUCCACACUCUGUCGCGUUCCGAGCGCCCUACGUGCUCGCCUUCGACAUGCGCUUCGUCGAGAUCCGCGACAGUGCCUCGGGCCAGCUCGUGCAGCUCAUCCGCGCCAACGACCUGCGCUACGUCAGCGGCAGCACGACGCUAGCCAACGAGAAUGAGGCGAGCAUCAUCCUUUCGCAGCGCAAGCGCGCCGCUGGCCGGCUGCCGUACGACUUCCAGCACGUGUUCGAGCUCGUCACCACCAUUCCAACGCAGCUCAUGCGCGCCGACACGACGCACACGACGCGCACCUACGGCUCGGGCAACUCGCGCAACAGCUCGGUCCAGGGCUGGUUCUGAGAUGCAGCAGCGCACAUGCUCCUUAUCCCCUCCUCGCGCCUUCUCUUGCCUUGUCUCGGGGGCUGUCUGACCUGCCUUCUCCACUCUCUCGCCGCCGUUGUGCGCGCGCCUGCAUACCCCCCUCCCUCCUUGCACCAGUGCUCUCGCCCGCAGCGCCGCGCCUAGGCGCUUGCGCCAAUGUAUUCGUAUCCGACCCCGCUCCGCACGUGCACCGUCCAGCC